GAAAGGGGCUUAAAUGACUAAACGCUCGCAAUCCGCUUAUCACAGUGGGUACUGACUGAGGCAGUGGUGGGGCCCGAACCGAGACAGGACAGGACAUUCAUUGUUAUAAUGCAGGUGCGUGCAUGCACGCGUCAAUAGCACGCGCAGGUGGCACGCAGCCCGAGGGAUCGCAGCCUGUGUGGCAGCGAGCGCAGUUCACACGGGCGCUCGAGUCGCUCGCGGUGGAAGUCUCCCAGCAUUCUCCGCGGUUUUCAAAAGAAGAGCCGUGUGCGCGAGACGGACAAGCCACAGUUGGAUCGCCGCAGCGGCGUAACUGCGCCGCCCGUACCGCGGUCCUCGCGCACGGUGGCGGGAAACGAGCGGUCGAAGCUUGAGGGAUGGCGGGCGUGCCGAGCGGCAGAGUGGAGUGGGUCUGUCAGCGCUGUCUGCGGGAGUCCAUAGCUCAGCCGCUGUGCCGCCCCGCAUUCGUACUCGUUUUCCUGGCAAUGCUGCUUAGCCUGACUAUGUACCCCGUGCUGAAGAGUCUGGGACUCCAUUUACAUUCAGCACUGACAGGAAGCUAUGUGCCAGGCCACCACUCCAUUCUCCUCGUCAGCUGCCCCAAUGAGCAAGUGGCCAAAAGCAUCGCCAGAGACAUAAUGGAGAAGAGACUGGCUGCCUCCAUCAACAUAUUACCCAGGGCUUUUGUCAUGUACUUCUGGAAGGGUGAAAUUCAGGAUGCCACAGAAAUCCUUUUGUUGGCAAAAACAAGAACUUCCAAAAUUCAAGAGCUUACAGAGUUUAUAAAGUCAGUUCACCCAUAUGGGGUUCCUGAGGUCCUCAGCAUCCCUGUGGAACAAGGCAAUCUACCAUACAUGAAGUGGAUGGAUGAUGCUGUCCCUGAUGAUUGAUAUUGUUACAAAAUCCUUUGUGGUGAUGAUUUGCUUAGCAUCCUAAUGCCCAGUGUUUGGAGGGGUGCCAUAAAUUGAAAUGAAAGUGAUUUAGGGUAGGAAAAUUCAGGUGUGCACUUUGACAGCACAGGUUCAAAUGGAAGCCUUGCAUUGCCCUGUUAACUGUGAGAAGGUAUUCCAAAGUGUAACAAUACCAGCACAUAACUUCUGUCUAGGGUCAGCAUCGCCAUAAUGUUCCCUGUAUUAAAAGAGCAUGGCUUAGAAAAAAAUGUAGGGAAUUAUUCAGUUAUUCUUCCACUUCCAUUUGUGUGCACAUUUAAUUCUAACAGGAUUUAAGAAAUUGAUACAAAAUUUUUGAUUAUGCCAAAAUAAUAAUAUAAUUAUGGUGCAGCAGGUAGUGUAGUGGUUGGAGUCAGUGUGUUGCAUUACAAGGACCCUGCUGUGAAUCCAUACACUGCAGCAUCCCUGAGCAUGGUGCUUACCGUGGAUUGCACCAAUAAAAAUUACCCAUCUGUAUAAAUGGGUAAAUCAUUGUAAGAAGCUUAGUAUACAAACCUAAUAUUGAAAGUCCCUUUGGAGUGAAAUGUCAGCUAAAUAAAUAUUAAUAGUCAUAGCUACCGCGCAGCUGCAUAAUUAUCAAAAUGCAGGGUGGGAUCUAAAUAGCUUUGAGCCAUACUUGUCUAUACUGUAACAGUGCAAUAAAACUGAAUUUCAUAAUCAGCUUAGUGCUGUCCAAAAAAAUAGAAAUGGUAGAAAACAGAGGUGAAGAUUCUAACACUGUUGCAUUAGCUGUUACUCAGUUGUUCUGGAAGCAAAACCUGAGCCUCAACAGGAAGGUCUCUCUUACUUCAUCCACUGAAGGUUGUCAGAUCAAAAAGUAUGAUAUAACAUUGAAUUAACAGUGGAGUUCUUCAUCAAUGUUUUCCCAUCCUGGAUUUCUUUACAUGAAUGUAUUUUGAGGUAGCUUCAGCUGUAAUUUAUGUGAAACACCUUGUUUUCAUUGCUGUAAUAACAUUCUGUUCCUUUGAAUAUUAGAUGGGAAAAAUAACCACAGCAAUUUUUUGUCCGAUUAAGUUAUAAAUUAACUUUAAUACUAUCACUUUGUAUAUUAAGAAUACCUUGUAUUUUUAAUUAAACCCUGAAGUGCCCUUGUUUAAUGUAGUGCUUGAAUGCAAUGGGAGGUCAACUGUGGGGAGACUGGAGCCAGUUGGAAUGUGGAGUCUGUGGUUCUCCAUUAUGGACAGGUUCCAGUGUUUACUCUACUACACUGGCUUUGGCACGCAAGGACAAAGCUGUACCUGUUUCAAACACAAACAUGCACUGGUGUACUGAAACCAGACCUGGUUACUAACCCUGUCAUGAAAUUCUCUAUGGUCAAUAUUUACACUGCAAACGCUGACAUACCGUAUGGGGUAGCUAGUUAUGUAUGUAAAAACGUUUUGUUGAGCGUAUCACUGGGUAAAUUUUAUGGUGCUCACGUGCAAAUGGCACAGCUAUAUAGUGGAGCUUUGAAAAAGUGCUGCAAACUA